GUGGAACCGGAAUCGCAAGAUGGUGACAGAAACAUGAAGGUGAAGGUUCGUCUUUCCUCAACUCGCAAGUUCAUUUUGACGCUCGAGGACGAAACUCUGGGUGCUCUCAAGGCCCAGAUCAGGAAGUUCGUCCUUGAAGCUUACCAGGAGGAUGUCAGGGAACCACUGGCCGUCAGCCUCAACGGCACUGAUCCCCUGGCUGGCGGCGAUGAUGUCCCCCUGGCCAGCCUAGGGGUGGUGCCAGGGGACAUGCUGACUGUGCUGCAGCCCCGCCCUGGCCAGCAGGCACCACCCUCAGCCACACCCCCACAAGUUCCUCCAGCCCCCAAGGAAUGCUCCAAACCCAAACCAGAACAGAAGGAACCUGAGCCACCCCCAGCCACCCUAUCUGCACCCACAGCCACCCCUACCCCUGUCAAAUCCUGUGGGGUGACGGCAAAGGAUGUGGGGGAGCAGGGGCCGAGGGAGCUGCUGAUGGAGGCGGUGGACGGGACGGCCCCCCGAGCUCUAGAGGAGCUGCUGGGACAGUGUGGGCCAGUGGGGCUAAGUGGCACCCUCAAUCUGGUGCUGCACCUCACCAUGCUGGAGUGUGGCUUCCAGCUGGACGGAGUACCACACCCUCCCCCGGGCUGGGCAGAGACUGUGGCAGUGUUCCCGUACCGCAGCACGGCACACCCCGCCUUCCGCUGUAAACUGGUGCUGAUGGACGUAGGUUGGAACAAGCAGGUGAUGGCCAGCUUCCCGGAGCAGGAUGGGGAGGUGAAGCACAGCCUGGCCAUGGCUGACCACCUCAGGGGUCCUGCCAGUGGCCAUGUGGUGGCCAAGGACCUGGUGAAAGUUGCACAGCUGUCCCAGCAGCUGCGUGAUGCUGUGCUGCUACCACUGCAGGUGGCAGCUCACCAGGCCCUGGGGGUACCAGCUCCCUGGCACCUGGCCGGCCUGCCUCAGGAGCUGGUGCUGGCUGUGGCUGCCAUGCUGGACUAUCGGAGUGUGGUAGCGCUGGCCAGCACCUGUCGCCGUCUACAGGCUGUGCUGGCUGAUGACCGGCUGUGGCGCAGCCUGUACCGCAGGGACUUCCCUGGUCAGAAGGAGGGAGCCACCCCAGUGGGGGCCAACUGGCAGACCAAGUACAGACAGGCUGAGCUGAACCGCAGGGAGCGAAAGCGUGUGUUGGAUGAAGGACACUUUGUGGUGCCUGGCGUGUACCCAAACAGCCCCUUCCUGCCCUCUGUACCUGGCCACCCCAAUCCUUUCAACCCACGUCCCAACCCCUUCCUGGACCCCGAUAGCCCUUACUUCCAGGGGGAGGUUCCCCACGUGCCAGGGGUGUACCCAGACAUGCCUGACCCCCUGGGACCUCUGGGACCUGGAGGACCUCUGGGGCCACUGCACCCAGGCCAUCCUCGCCAGCCGCCCUUCAUACCAGGCCGCCCCAGGAAUCCCAGGGGGCCCAGGUUUGAUUUCUUCAUGUGAGGGGACAGCCAACCACCAGCAGGCAUGCAAGGGCUGUGUGGUGUGGCAGUGCUGCAUGGGGAGUGUGUACUGAAGCUACAGUGGUGUGUGCAUGCUGCUGUGUGUCAGGCACCCACACAGAUGACACAGAGCAAGGUGGUGGCAGAGAUGUGGUCCGGGAGAUACCUUGCAGCAAUGGAGACAGCCAGACUAGCCACUGGUCCCUCGCCCCAGCAAGCUUAUGAACCAGGAGUGGGGAGUCUGGCCAUCCGUGACGCAGCACACACCAACACAUGCACCGACAGCUGCUGCAACACAUCAACAGCUGCUGGUGCUGCCUGUGUUGUGGUGUGCCCUGCAGGAGACAUUAUAGGGAGAUUUAAGUGUCUUCAUAUUUACUGCAAAGCUUCCCCUGCUAACUUGUAUAGCCUUGAGUGUCACAGCUUUGAUUUCCAUCCCACCAACACAACACACAGCACAGGGCAGAAGCAUCAAUGUUGUGGAAAGGGUGCAGAUUACCCAGUACUCACCCACUCUUCCUUUCCCUCCAUCACUCACCACACAGAAAUGAGACUGAAGUAAUGUUUUUAAUACAUAUUCAAUUUAUAGUUUCCCUUUGACAAUUUUGUAAGUUUAUGAAGGAUUCCCUGGUAACUUGGUGAAGGUUUGAGUGUGAUGGCUUUCACUUCUCUGUUCCCAGCACUUCAUUAGGCAAUCAGCUGUCUUGUGAGUGAGUGUGCCUUGGGAGUGUGAAAUGCCAUACUUUAUUUACUGUCUUAUGUUUGUAUAAUCCCAAAUGUGUGUGUGUGUGUGUAUUUGUGUUUUUAUAUAUGAAAGGACGACUGGUGAAGGGCAACAAAAAUAUAAAGAAAAAAGGCCCACUCAGUCGCCAGUUUCUUUACAGAGCCGAUAGAAUUAGCCAAAGGACAGGGACAAAUGUCUUGAAACCUUCCUCUUGAAUGAAGUCAGUCAUAGGAAGUUGGAAAUAUAGACAUGGGUAGGGAGCUCCAGAGUUUAAGUGUGUGUGUGUGUGUGUGAUUUUGUCAGCAGGGAGACACUUGUAGGGCUGAUAAUGAUAAAAAAUAGCAUGUAAAGGGGAAUGAUUCAUUACAACUCUAUUUACAAUGGUUUAUUAUAUAGUCUCAUUUACACAACACACAUAAAGGUUCCACUGCGCAUCAUAGAAAAAUUAUAGUUGUUUCCUGUCUUCAUCUAUUUCACACACACACACACACACACUCAAAUCAUAUAAAUAAUUGUGCCAUUUUUUACCCUCUUCAUCCACCCAACACACACACACACACAUUUUCAGUCCAAAUGUACCUUAAAUAAUAACCUUUCUUUCAUUCUUUUGCCGACUUGUUGCUUAUUUAGUUAACUUUCAAAACCAGUUCGUUAAUUUUUCAACUUUUAUUUCACCGACUUGUUCCUCUCUCUCUCUCUCUCUCUCUCUCUCUCUCUCUCUCUCUCUCUCUCUCUCUCUCUCUCUCUCUCUCUCUCUCUCACAAUGGAACCAAGGUGUAAUUUGUUCUUCCCUUACUGUGCCACUCCAUUAUAUAAACCGUGUGGCAAUUAUCCUGGUUGUCACACGCCCAUAUUCAGAAAUGCCUUCCCCUCUCACUACGACAAUUUUGCAAGGCCACAGAGAACAUAAGCCAGGUUUUCAAGAGUUUCUCCUCUUAAUAAACUAGAUGUAUUGCCACUCUAUCACCAGAAUCAUAGACAUACACUUAGAAUCAUGAGUAUCUUCAAUUGGAGUCUUUGGAAAGCAGUGAUGGUGAGAGAGCAGAGCAUUCCAGAAUAUGGGGGAUACUCUGCAGGGUUUAUACAAUACUAAUAAAGAAAGAGAAGUUGU